AUGGCUGAGAACUCUGAUGAUUGGCUUUUACAAGCUGCAGGACAGCCCGUACCUAAUGUUGUUCUAGAGUCUGAUAAUCAGUUGGAAACAGAAAUAAAAGCUGAGGCUGAGCGAGUUUUUAAGGGUUCAGCAAUCAAUGUGAUUACUGAAUUAGUUUCAAGCUACUCUAUCGCUUCUUCUUACGAUGUUCCUGAGCCGAAUUCCAGUACUGAUUGUUUGUUCGAGGACUUACUGUCUUUUUCAAAUUUGAACUCCGAAAUAAGAGGAAAAGUUAAUGCUGAUACCGGUGUUUUUGAAGAUUUUAUUGAAGUUUGGGAUGAAAAAGGAGAAGGAGCAGGAGACUCGAGAACUUCCUUGUCGUUGAACAGGGCGGUAGAUACUAAGGCUGCACUGUCUUUUAUGGGUUCUUCUAAUAACUUCCCAUUUGCUCCCGGAGGACUGGAAGAGCAACUCGAAAGCGUUUUGAGUCUUCAAGGAGCUACUGAUGAUGUGGAAGAGGAAAAGUUUUUGAAUUUUGAAGAACUGGCGUCAGGUGAUCUGCUAUUCAAUGCUCCAGGUUUAAGCUGUGGACUUUCUGGUAAGGCCAUCAGCGGGACAGAUGUUGCCAAAACUACUGAAGAAAAAUCCACGAAAAACAAUGUUACCAGUAAUAUUGACAUUGCAAACGCGAGCCUGUUUGAAUUGAUUGACCUGGUCAGCGAAGGGAUGAAUGUCCCGGAGCCUAAAAGAAGAGAAACCCCGGAAGUUAACGUCUUAACUGAAAGCAGUAGCUUCAAAAAGAAAGUCAGUGAUGAUGAAAAGACUCUAAACGCAGUAGUAACGUCCGAAUUAGUAGUCCAGAAUGUUAAAACUAAACCCGACGGCACUUUGAAAAAGAGUAGUAUUUAUUCAUAUGCGCAAGUUUUGGACACAACAAGGCAAGUUCCCGGGUAUGAAGAUUUACGAGAUCGACUUGCAAAACAGUACCCGUUUACUCUCGACCCUUUUCAACAGCAAGCAGUCGUUUGUAUGGAGCAGGGGGAUUCUGUUUUUGUUGCUGCUCACACUUCAGCAGGGAAGACUGUUGUUGCGGAAUAUGCUAUAGCUUUGUGUAACACUCAUAAGACUCGAGCUAUUUAUACUUCUCCGAUUAAAGCGCUAUCAAAUCAGAAGUUUCGAGAUUUUAAACUGCAGUUCGAAGAUGUAGGACUUAUUACGGGCGACAUUCAAAUAAAACCUGAAGCUUUUGCUCUUGUCAUGACUACGGAAGUGUUAAGAUCAAUGCUGUAUAAUGGUUCUGAAAUAAUACGUGAGCUUGAAUGGGUUAUAUUCGACGAAGUGCAUUACAUCAAUGAUACUGAGAGGGGGCAUGUCUGGGAAGAAGUUCUAAUUAUGCUGCCUUCUCACGUAAAAAUAAUUAUGCUUAGUGCUACCGUUCCAAACUGCGAAGAGUUUGCAGACUGGGUUGGGUAUGAUUAUUUAGCUUUUUUAAUUUUAGAUGCUUUGAACCAAAUUUUUGUUUCGAAAAAAAGAUCCAGUUCAGAUGUUGGAAGGAUCAAAAAACGGCGUAUAAAUGUUAUAACCACGAAUAGAAGGCCUGUUCCUUUAGAACACUUCUUGUAUACAGGACAGGACGCUAAAACUAAGAAAGAUUUGUUCAAAAUUGUGGAUGGUGAAGGCACAUUUUUAUCACGGGGAUACAGCCUAGCCAGUGAAACGAAAUCAAAGUUGCAGAAGGCAGGAGGAGCUGGAAAAAAUUUUCGCCCUAAUAAUAAAACGGAUAAACACGUUUAUAUCAAUCUAAUCAAGUUGCUUUCUGAAAGAGAUCUUUUACCGAUGGUGGUCUUCGUAUUCUCUAGAAGAAGAUGUGAUGAAUAUGCGUCUCUUUUACAGUCGGUUGAUCUGACAACAGCGAAGGAAAAGUCUUUCAUACAUAGAUUUUUUGCCCGAUGUGUUGCUCGGUUAAAUGGUUCUGAUAAAGAGCUUCCGCAGGUUAUGCAAAUGGAAGAGGUGUGCAAACAUGGUUUUGCUGUGCAUCACAGUGGGAUCUUACCUAUACUAAAAGAAAUAAUUGAAAUUCUGUUUCAAAAGGGUUAUGUAAAGGUUUUAUUUGCAACAGAAACUUUCGCUAUGGGUGUUAAUAUGCCAGCUAGAACAGUCGUAUUUGAUAGUAUGAAGAAGCAUGAUGGUAGAAAUUUUAGAAAUCUGUCUCCUGGUGAAUACAUUCAGAUGGCAGGACGCGCAGGACGUCGGGGAUUAGACUCAACUGGGACGGUUAUUAUACUUUGCAAAGGGCCACAAAUGCCUGAGGCAACAGGACUGGCAAUCAUGAUGCUGGGGACGCCUACGAAACUUGAGUCACAUUUUCGUAUUACCGACAGUAUGUUGCUAAAUUUACUUCGAGUUGAACACUUGCGUAUAGAAGACAUGUUACAACAUUCCUAUCUUGAAAGUGCUUCAUUGAGACAGGUGAUUGCUCGCCAAAGUGAGCGGAAACAGUUAGCAGCAAAGAUUGCUGAGUAUCCACCGCUUGAAUGUUCAACGUGUUGUGUAACUUGUGAAGAGUAUUACUCUAUAAAUGAAUAUCAUGCGCGCCUUCGUGAAUUUGUGCGGUUCAGGAGCGAUUUAUGGGCAGAACUGUUUCGUUUCUCCAGUUUUGAUAAGAUAUUUGCUCCAGGACGACUUAUUAUUAUCGCACUUCCUCAAAUAAAUCGUCCUUCCUCGUUGGCACUUGUUUUAAAGGUGAAUUGUGAUGGAAGCAAUAGAUCUUUGCAAUUAUUUAUUACUGCGGAGGAGGACGUGUCGGUAGAAAGAGAGGAAAAGACUAUGAUGGAAAAAUUUGUUAAAUUACCGCCUCGUGUAAGGGUUGUGCUGUGGAUCAAAUUAAGCUUAAAAUUUUGGAAGGAGCAAGAAUGGAUUAUAGAAACUGCCUUAGUAGAAACGGCUGCGUUCACUGGCUUUGAACGGCUAGCUUUGCCAAGGAAAGGUGGCAAGAAAAGCACAUAUCGUGUCAUUGAUAAUAUUCCAGUCACUUCUAUGAUUGCAGUUUGUCAGAAGUCUAUAAGAAUUGACGUCGCGGCUGUAUACAAUGAUUCCAGAAUUCGAGCAAUGCCAAGAUUUCGGCAACAGUCUCCUGACUCAUCCGUUGCCAAAGUCGUAAUCGAAAUGGAUAGUCUCACAUCAAAAUGGGCAUAUAGCGUUGAGGGAGCUGACGUUGCGUUACCUGGAAGAGAAAUUCAAAUAUCUAAUGCGGAAGUGUUUGCGAAAAUCAUGCGUUUAAAUGAAUUACGGAACUUCCUCAUAUUCAAAGCAAUCCGAGAGCUUGUGCAGAUGAGGGAGAAAUACGACGAUCUUUCUUUCAGCCUUUCGACUGGAAGUCUACUAUUGUCUUCGGAAUACGCAGGGCACAUAAAGGUUUUGCACUCGUUAGGCUACAUCGACAAUACAAAUCUUGUAACACUAAAAGGAAAAGUUGCAUGCGAAAUCCAUCAUCAGGAGUUACUAAUAACAGAGCUGCUGCUAGAUAAUAAGAUUCAAUCCCGUUCUGUGGCAGAAAUCGCUGCUAUGCUUUCUUCAACAACGUGCCAGUAUAAAGCCACAAAUUCAGCAAAAGAAGAUCAGAAGCAUAUCCCUAUUCUAGACAAUCUGAAAGAUGACGUACUGGACGUAACCAAAAAAAUAUCCCAAGUUCAAAAAGACUGCGGAGUGCAAAUAGUAGACCCUUCAGAGGAACUGAAUUUUGAUUUGAUGGAAGUGGUCUACCACUGGGCAAGUGGGAUGCCGUUCGCAGAAAUAAUGAAACUUACUGAUGCUCAAGAAGGUUUGAUCGUACGAUGCAUACAACGGCUAGACGAAGCGUGCAGGGAUGUGCGCAAUGCCGCACGGCUGGUUGGAGACCCUGCUUUAUAUGAAAAGAUGGAAGAAACGUCCGCCUCAAUUAGAAGAGAUAUAGUUUUUGCUGCCAGUCUUUAUACAGUAGUUGAAUGA